AUGUCCGUGCUAUCUCCUGAAAUCAAAUUCAAUGCUUCUAAAGUCAUCAGAGGUUCCCUUGACAGUUGUUUUAUUUUUGAGAGUAGUUGGAGGAAAGCAGCUUUAGAAACACAAAAGAUAAGGAAAGCAUUUGGUCUACAAGAGUUCAAAGAAGGUGUCAAAAUGCCAUAUUUACCAAGAUUUCCAAGUUGCCAAAAACAUGUAAGUUCAACUCCACUAGAGGUUCAUAAAAGGCUGCUGCGAGCGGACACAGAAAUGCCCACACUCAGGAUAAAGAAGACUAAGGAGACAUGCACCAUGGGACCACUUCAGGAGAGAUCAAAAGGCUCUGCCUUCAGUGACCCUCUCACUGGCGCACCAUCUCAAUACUUAGAGAGACUUUCAAAAAUGGCCAUAAUGGAAUAUGACACCAUUCGUCAGGAAACAAGCAGAAAAUCCAAAAAAGGCAAGCGACAAGAGCUACGAGACUGCUGA